AUGUCGGAGACCAAGGAAUUUUCUCUCGAACAGGCCCGUGUCAACGAUGACACGAGCCCUGGCACAGGUGUACACUCCGGCAGUGCGAGAGCAUCACAGAAGCUCGAUAGAUACCUAUCGUUGAAGCCUGCUGUCGCAUUCGCUAUGACAGUUUUGUCCUCAUGGACGGGUAUCAGUUUGACAAUUGGUGGUGCUUUUUAUAACGGUGGACCUACCACCAUCAUCUGGGGAACGAUCUUAGCUGGUGCUGGAACGCUUGCCAUUGCUGCCUCGCUUGGUGAACUGGCUUCCAUAACACCUGUUGUCGGCGCACAGUAUCGAUGGACCGGCCUAUAUGCACCUCCAGCCAUGUCACCAGCUUUUUGGAGCUUAGUACAGGGAUGGUUAACCAUCUUCUCCUGGAUCGGCCUUUGCGCCGCUGUGCCCUUCGUCUCUGCCCAAGCUGUUCAAGGUUUAAUUAUCCUGAACUCGGAUACAUAUGUACCGGAAAGAUGGCAUGCCACACUACUGAUGUGGGCUUUCCUGGCCACUCCGGUAUUGUGCAAUGUUUUUGGCCGGAAACUCCUCAAGGCCGUGGAAAUCACUGGCGGUGUUCUUCAUAUCAUAUUCUUUAUUGUUGUGGUCACCGUGUUGGCAUGUAUGGCGCAGAGGAGUACAGCUGAAUUUGUCUUCACUGAAUCAUGGUUCGGUGCAAGCGGCUGGGAAAGUGAGGGUGUUCAAUGGUGUCUCGGACUUAUCUCUAUCACUUCGGUUCUUACUGGCUUCGAUGGUGUUCUACAUCUCAGUGACGAAAUUUCCGAUGCUCCUGUCAAGGUACCUCGAGCUAUGAUGUUGGCCGUGGUCAUCAACACAGUCUUGUCGCUCGGAUUCUUGAUUACCCUUCUCUUCUGCAUCGGCGAUGUCGAAGCAGCCUUGAGCACCCCCACUGGAUUCCCUACCAUUCAAAUUCUUUACCAAGCUACAGGCUCUAAGACAGGCGCAACUAUCAUUGAGUGCAUGAUUCUCUUGUCAACUAUGAUCGCCCUCUUUGGUGUCUAUGCCUCUGUGUCACGUCUCACGUGGGCAUUCGCUAAGGACAACGGCCUACCAUUUUCGGAAUUCUUCUCCAGAGUUCACCCGACACUCCAUAUUCCACUCAACGCCCUGGGCCUUGUAACCACCAUCUCAGCAUUACUCGGCCUUAUCAAUAUCGGUAACACCACCGCAUUUUUCGCAAUUCUAGCGCUUGCCACCAUGGGUCUAUAUCUUUCCUACGUAUUCCCAUUGGCAUUUGUCCUCCACCGAAAGCUUACAGGCCAACAUCCACCUUACGGUCCCUUCCGGCUCGGCAUCUGGAGCAUUCCCGUUAAUAUUAUAGGAUUGUCGUUCGGCAUCUUCAUUGUCAUCUUCCUUCCUUUCCCAACGACCAUCCCAGUCACUGCUCAGAACAUGAACUACGCGGCCCCAAUUCUUGGAGCUGUCAUGUUGGGCGCUGUUAUCGACUGGUUCAUCAGUGGACAUAAACGAUUCCAAGUUCCCACCAGCAUGCCUGAGCAUUACCAAUAA